CACGCCACAACUACCCUUCUCGAUCGUCAUCGCCUACGUCAGGACGAAACUCGGCACCUCCAUAUUCCCGGCCUUAUCAACAUCUGCCACCCCUCUUGCAACACCGGGAAGCUGGAUCCGGCUCUAACAGCACCGAGGCACUUCCCGCCUCUACGCCCUCCCUUACGCGGUCCAACAGCCCGGGCCAGCAUUCGGGAAACGGGCUCUUGUAUUCUGCCGCCUUCGCCGACCCCGAGCGGGACUUGGAGGGUACCAUCUCCAACCCCGGGACCGACGAUGGAGCGCAAGAAUGAAGCAACCCACCGAAACUUCGGGCUUCGGCCCAAGCCGCCUGAUCUUCGCAUCAUGAUCAGGCCGUAUGAACCAGUCGAACCACUGGUGGUAACUUCGCAACCCUCUCCGAUUAGCCAGGAUGGGAACAGUAGCACCGCAGGUUCCCGCCGAAACUCGACUUCAACAGCAUCGUCUUCGACACCAUCCAAGAGCCCAGUAAAUUCCGGUGAAACUUCCAUCACGACCAACAAUGGGACGUCCAGCUCCUCUAGGACACCCACACCCCCACUUCCCCGAAGAAAGAAGCGGAACAGAGCGAAAGCAGCCAGCACAACGAACUCAACAUCUCCCACCACUACUGGUCCAGGUGUCGCUGGGACCAGUCCACCACAUGGAAUCGCAGAAUUGUCUACUCUUCCGCCGAAUCACUCUUUCAAUCGUGCUACGCGGGAAUUCUGGCGCCAGGGAUCCCGAGCUGUUCGUCGCCCAGAUGGUAGUGUGGAGGAUAUUGACGUUAUCCACUGGAUGAUGACAAGAAAGGGUGGGAUCAACGCCUCUUGGCCGCAGCUUAAGGAUGGUCAGAGAGCGAUUGAGACCAUAGGAAAGGACACAAUUGACCUCGGACGGAUUUGGCACAAGUGCGCAGAAGAGCAAGAAGAGGAGAAACGUCUGGAGGAGAGGCGACUAGCAAACAAGCGUCGAUACCGACCGAGAAGUGACUGGGCAAAGGAGAAGGCGGCUAAAAAGGCUGCGGCUGCGUCGGUUAAACAGUCUCGGGAGGACAUGGAGAUCGCUGGAGCUGACGGAGACUUGCAGAGUGGCAAUGUUUUGGAAAAAGAAGAACCAGCAGCGAAGAGGCAGCGAGUGGACUGUGUUGACGAACCAUGCGAAGCAUAG